AUGAGUUUCCUCCACAGGAUGUCUGGGCUCUCCCUUAAAGGCACUGAUAAGGGCCACUGCCAACUGAAGCUGGUCAACUAUGAGGCUGAUGAAAACCACAUUUCCCAUGAGACUCAGGGGCUCAGCAGAAAACACCUGGUGGUACGGCGAGGGAAACCGUUCAAAAUUACGCUCAAGUUUGGUGGUCAGUCGUGGCAUCCUGAAUUUCAUCAUCUGAUCCUGGAGGUUCGGAUAGGUGAUUUGUCUGAGAGGAUGAGGGUCCAGUUUCCUGAGGAGUGGUCUGAGCCUUGUAGAUGGUCUGCCAAAAUUGACCAACAUGGCAUACAUCCACAUUCAGUGACCAUCAACAUCUGCUCUCCUGUUAUGUCCGCAGUAGCUCUUUACAACCUCUAUCUCCACAUAGAAACCAGACAGAGUAGAAAGAGCUACGUAGUGGGGUCCUUUAUCCUGCUCUGCAACCCUUGGCACACAGAUGACCCUGUGUACAUGCCAAAUGAUGCCAAAAUAGAAGAAUACAUGAAGAGUGACUAUGGGUGGUUGUUCAUGGGAACAGCUCUAAACAUCAACAGCAGACCUUGGUCAUUUGGUCAGUAUGAGCCUGGAGUCCUGGAAGCAUGUCUACAGCUGCUGCAGGUCAGUCCACAGCACCUGAGGGACAAAAACAAGGACUACUCUCUCCGAGCAGACCCGGUCUACCUCAGCAGGGUGAUCUGUGCAAUGGUGAACUGUAAUGACGACCUGGGGAUUCUGGAGGGAAAGUGGCAGGGCAGCUAUAAGGAUGGUGUCAAGCCUACAGAUUGGAGCGGCAGCGCAAACAUCCUCCACCAGUGGAUGUCUUCAAACUAUAGUCCUGUACGUUACGGACAGUGCUGGGUCUUUGCUUCAGUCCUCUGCACAGUGAUGAGAGCCCUGGGCAUUCCCUCCAGGGUGGUGACGGUAUUUAAUGCGGCCCAUGAUGGAGAUCGCAGCUUGUCUAUUAAAGAAUAUUACUCAACUACAGGGGAAAAGCUCAACGUCUCAAAGGACAGUGUUUGGAACUUCCAUGUAUGGGUGGAGUCCUGGAUGAGACGACCAGACCUCAGUUCCGAGUUCGAUGGCUGGCAGGUCGUGGACCCGACUCCACAGGAGAAGAGUGCAGGGAUUUUCUGCUGUGGCCCUUGCCCAGUUGCUGCCGUCCAGCAGCGUUUCCUCAAAAUCCCAUUUGACACCCCGUUCCUUCACGCCUCAGUUAACGCUGACAUAGUACGUCUAAUCGUGCGUGAUGGACGGGUGGUGGGGAGGAAGGUGGACAGUGAGACAGUGGGACAGCUGAUCUACACCAAGAGUGUUGGCUCAGACAGACCAGAGGAUCUCACACCUGCUUACAAGGCCAAGAAGAAUGAGAACUACUUUUCGAUGGUGCAGUCGUACAGUAGGGCAAUGAUGAGCUGUUCAGGAGGACCUUCAGCUCCAGAAGACUCUUCAAGUCUGGAGGUGUCCCUCAACAUAGAGGGGGUGCCGUCGGUGGGUGACAGUAUCACCUUGACUGUGACGAUCAAAAGCCAUUUACACGGCCCGCGAGUCCUGAUGGAACACGUUAACGCUCAGCUUAAAGAGUUUAACAGCGGCCCACAACAGAGCUUCUGGAAAACGAGCAAAAAAGUGCACAUGAAGGCCGGAGAAGAUUUGAAGCUUAGCCACGUCAUCCCUCCCUCCACGUAUGAGGCGUGCCUGGCAGGUGAUGACAUUGUGAAUGUCGCUGUGGUGAUAACAGAUGAAGAGAGUGAUGAAAGAGCCCUGGCUGCACAGGAGUUUAGCUUGAGCUCACCGCAGAUAACAAUAGAGAUUGAAGGAGGGGACACCAUCAAACCAAAAGAGAAGCAAACAGCCAAGGUUUCCUUCACCAACACGUUUUCCAAGCCUCUGAAUGGAGCAGUGCUGACCGUGGAGGGAUCUGGUUUGUUGCAGGGCAAACAAGAGGCCAGACUUGCUCUUCUGAAGCCUGGUGAGAAGAUAGAGAAGCAGGUGUCCAUUGAGGCGUCCUCUCCUGGAACCAAAGUCUUGAUGGCCACUUUCUCACACAGCGACUGCCCCAGUGUUGUUUCCAGAUGUUUCCACAAAGUGUCCGUCAAGAAUUAGUAACACUGAAAAACAUUUGUGAACAUAUCUCAGGAAAAGAUUUUCUGUUUUGUUCUGGCUGAAGUGGGUUUUCUGGUGCAACUUCACCAGCUUCCAUGGUGCAUGGAGGAUGAAUAAAUCUUG